AUGGGCUGCAUGAGUUCAAAACCCGUCGACACGGCGGAUAAAGAUGCUGUUCAACGAAGCGCUAGGAUAGAAAAGGUUCUGAAGAAUGACAAGAAAGUAAUGGACCGAACGAUCAAGAUUCUCCUUCUUGGUGCUGGAGAAUCGGGCAAAUCGACGAUCAUAAAACAAAUGCGAAUCAUACAUUCCGGCGGCUUCCCCGAGGACGAACGACGCCAAACACGAGCUGUCAUCUAUUCAAAUCUUGUUAUCGCCUUCAAAGUUCUACUGGAUAUCAUGCGCGCCGAAAACAUUGAUUUCCAGCUCGAAAAGACAAAGCCGUUAGCCGAAUAUGUAGACAAGCUCGAGCCUGAUGUCGGUUCCGACGAGGCAUUCUCAGAUCUCAAGGUUCGCGAUGCCCUCAGAGACAUGUGGGACGACACGGGUGUUCAGAAAGCUGUUGCUCGGGGCCACGAGUUUGCUCUUCACGAUAACUUGCAUUACUUUUUUGAUUCGCUUGAUCGAAUAUUCACUCCUGGGUGGCUUCCCGACAACCAGGACAUGUUGCAGGCUCGUUUGCGGACAACCGGAAUUACUGAAACUCUCUUUGAACUCGGUCAAAUGAACUUCCGAAUGAUGGACGUCGGUGGACAGCGAUCUGAGCGAAAGAAGUGGAUUCACUGUUUUGAAGGUGUACAAUGCCUUCUAUUCAUGGUUGCUCUAUCUGGUUAUGACCAAUGUCUCGUGGAGGACCAGAAUGCCAACCAAAUGCAUGAGGCAAUGAUGCUGUUCGAAUCCUUGGUCAAUGGCGAAUGGUUCAAGCGCAAACCGAUCAUCUUGUUCUUGAACAAGAUCGAUCUGUUCAAGGGAAAGCUGCAUGUUUCGCCUGUCUCCAACCAUUUCCCUGACUACAAUGGCUCCAACACGGACUUCGAUGCGGCAGCCAGAUACUUUGCAGACCGGUUCCGGGGCAUCAACCGGAUUCCCGAUCGUGAGAUCUAUAUCCAUUACACGAAUGCUACCGAUACGACGUUGUUGAAGGCAACAAUGGAUUCGGUACAAGACAUGAUUAUUCAAAAGAAUCUCCACACCCUCAUACUAUAA